AUGAAGAAAGACGGUCCAAAUAUAUCAAAAGUGGCUUCAGAUUUAAUUAUAGCUUAUAAAUAAUUGAUAUCUUAACCUAGAUAUCACUCUCUCUAUAAAGUAUUAUUAAAGAGUUAUUUUAGUUUACCUAUUGCAUAUUGUUGUUCUUUCAAAGAACUCUCCUAUUUAUAGUAUUUAAUCAAUAAAUCCCACAAUUCUAUUAAUAUUAGCUUCAUAAAAUAAUAUUUAUUUAUCAAAAAUUAUUAAUUUCUGUUUCUUUAAAAAUAUUAUUAUAGUUAACAAUGAAGCAAAAUUACAUUGAUAUUUUGUUCUCUUAAUUAACAGAGAGUGAAAAGGUUUUGCUGCCUAGAGAAUUAAUUAUAAAUACGAUAUUAGAAGAUAAAAAUACUCCAAAUAUCUAAAUAUAUAAUCUGUUAUUAGCCAAAUUAAAUAAAAAUGGAGUUGAUGAUUUAGACAACAGAUUAUAAAAAAUUAAAAAAACUUAUAAGUUAGAAAGCAUUAUAGAAUUAAUUUACAAAUAUAGACAAAAAAGUAAUGAAUAAACAAUUAUAUAAUUAUUAUCGAAAGAUGAGAAUUUCUUUAAAGGAAAAUUUCUCUAAUUAAAUAAUCCGAAAGGAUUUGAAUCGAUUUACUCUGAAAUUACUAUGUGCGAAAAAUAUCAAGAGAAAAAUGGGUCAUUUUUGAAAUUUACUUUAGAGGAUGGUUCUUUCAUAGAAAUAAAUUAUAAAUAAGAUUAAAUUUAAGGGGUUUACACUACUUAAAAAAAAAGAGUAAAAUUAUUGGAAUUAAUUUAAAAUUUAAGGCAAAAAAAUUCUACACUUCCUGGUUAUAUAGAAUUUUUUGAACAAAAACAAAACUUUGGUAAAAAUAAAAUUCAAAUUGAAUUUGGGAUUUAUACUUUAAGUUUUGGUGAAUUCAAAUAAUGUGGAUUUACAGGAUAAGGAUAAUAUAAAGCUGAAUACUUCUUAUAAAAAUGUAAGGAUACUCUCAAAUAUAUAAUUGAUAUCCGUUAUUAAGAUAAUGAUUACUCGAAAAUUUAAGAGAUUCAUUUUGGAUAAAAACCUGAGAUUGAGCUAUCCCCCAUAGAACUCAACUCAAUUGUUUGUUUUUACUUUUCAGGAAAAAAAAAAUUAGAUGCAAUAAACCAAAAUAAUGCAGUGGAAAAUAUAAAAAUAUAAGAGGUGAUAUAUGAUGAAAAUAAAAUAAAAUAAAAAAAAUAUGAAGAGAUUCUCAAAUGCAAAGACGAUAUUUUUUGGGAAUUAAAAUAAUAAAAGAACAAACCUUAAUUAGAUUAAAUAUUAAUAGAUUUAGUUCUUAAUAAUUUUGAGUUUAAAACAAAUAUUGUCUUAAAAGUUAUUACAGAGAAUAUGGAUAAAAUUUAGCAAUUAAAUAAACAACUGAAUUUAGAAGAGAGUUAAGAAUCAAUUUUAAACAAUAUAGUGUUAGAAGCACAUUAUACAAAUUUAAUACAGAAAGGAGAUACCCUUUAAUGUAUAAAAGUAAUGGACCUAUUAAAACAAUCAUUUAAACAUACAGAAAAUAUCAAAAAUAAGGAUAUAAUAAUAUUUUUAGGUGCAACUGGAUCUGGCAAAAGUACAUCUAUCAAUUAUUAUUUGGGACAUGAAUUAGAUGAAUAUGAAAAAUAUGGAAAAAAAUUUCUUAAAUUAACAGAUGAAAAAAAUUUAUCUCAAGAUUAAUUUGCAAAAAUUGGCCAUUCAUUGGCGGUUUCAGAAACAACGUUUAUUUAGGGUUACAAAGUAUAAGAUGUUGAUAAUUUAAUGUUAUGUGAUUGCCCUGGAUUUGAUGAUACAAGAGGGGAUUUAUAUGAUUUAAAUACAAUGCUUAGUAUUGAUUAAACCAUAACAAACUGCAAAUCAAUAAAGUCUAUAGUGUUGACAAUUUCAUACGAAACCUUUUUUGUAAAUAGAUGUCAAGGAAUUGUGUAACUAUUUCUAAAUUUAUAACAAUUAAUUCCAAAUAUUUUUAUAAAAAAUUCAGCCAGAGAUAGUGUUUUUAUUUUAUUGACAAAAACAAACCUAACUGAAUUAAAUGAUCAUUUGAUGUAAUUAAUAAAUGAUAUCUAUAAGACAGAUCAAAAUAUUCUUGAGAAAAAAAGUUAAUCAUAUUAUGAAGCAUUUAAACUCGAAGAAAGAAUUUAAAUUUGGAAAUUUGUUCUGUACUUGAUACAAAAAUAAAAAAUAUUAAGUUAUUCUAUCAAGAACUAAUUGAUGGCAGAGGAGCAAUUAGAACUAAUCAUAAACCAGCCUUGCAUUGAUAAAAAAUACUUUUGUAAAGCAAUGGAUAGGAUGGAUAUUCAAAUCGCCUUCAGCAAGUAUAUUGUACUUUAGAUAGAUACCUGGUAAAGAGAAAUUUUUGAAAAUUUUUUUCAAGAUAUUCCUAAUCAAAUUAAAGAAGCUGAAGGAUAGAUUCUCAACAAAAUAAACAGUAUUAAGGAAAAAGAAAAAGAAAAUAAUUAAAAAAAUGAUUUGAUAUUUUAAACACAUUAAAAGAUUAAAGAAGCAGAAACUUAAAUUAAAAAACUUAAUUAGCUAAUAUAAUCUGGAGACUAAUCCUAAAUUAUUAAGGAAUUAGAAAACAAUAAUAAAUUUUCUAACUUUUCAAGUAAUAUUUUAAAGGAUGCUUAGGAUGAGAAGGAAAAUAUUGCUAAGGAAUUAGGGAAAAAAAAUGAUAAGUUAAAUAAAAACUAAAAGGAAAUUUAAUCUUUAAAAGACAAAAUUUCAAUUAUUUAAAAUGAGAUAAAUUAAUUAGAUUAAGAAAUUAAGAAUUUAUAAACAGGAAACUCUCAUAAAGUAUUAUAUGAGUACAAAAAGUUAGAAGAAGAGAUGGAAUUCUUUAGUGGAGAUGAUAAUAUAAAAUUAUACAAUUAAGCUUUUGAUUCUGUUUCUCGCUUUGAGGGGCAAGGGAAUAAAUAAAAAGUGAAAACUAGUGAAUAUACAGGUAAACUAUUAACUCUUGUUUAUCUAGAAAAAGAUUUCUAUAUCGUUCCAAAAGGUUUAACGAACUAGUGUGAGUAAAUGUAUAAUUAAGAAAUUAUUAUAGAUGGUUAAAAAUACAAAGCAAUAAUAGAAGGUGAAUUUUGGAGCUUUGAAAAAGGUGGGAAAGCUUAACCUGAUAGAAAAAAAAUGGUCUAUUCUAUCAGAACUAAUUGGUAAAAAGGAAGAACCUUACCUUGGUUUAAAAUCACUCAUGAUUUGCCAAAUAUGGAUCUAAAUGAAGGAACUAUCCUCAAUAAGUUGGGUGAGAUAGAUUCUAAAAAAAAUACAAUAAUUCGAAAGCGUGAGGAUAUAAAAGAACUAACAAAAGAAAACAAAGAUAUUUAAGAAGAUAUUCAUUUAAAAGGGUAACAAAUAAUGCAAAAAGAAAAAAUAAUUUCAGAAGUUAAAAAAGAAAAAGGUUUGGAGCAAAUUAAAGAUAGGGUCAGUUCUCUAACAGCAUUUAUAUCAAAUUCUAAAGGAGAAAUAGAGUUAGCUUAAUAAUUUAUAGUAUUUAAUAAAAAUGUGAUUAAGACUGAAUAAGAACAUAUUUUGAAAAAGGAAUAAGAGUUAAAAAAUCUUUAACAAUAACAUCUUCAUUUUGCAAUCAUUAUUAAAAGUAAAAUAGAAAUUGCUCAGCUUCUGAAGGUAUUUGCAAAGAUUUCUAUUGAUGGCUUAGGAAUAAGCGAAAAAAAUUAGGAUGCUAACCUAAAAACUAGUUUAGAAUCAUACUCAUAUUAUUAUGAUAAAAUGAUUACAGAAAUUUAGAAUUUAUGUGAAGAAAUUUUCCAAAAUUAAAAAAAUUAAUAUCAAAAGUAAUUAUCUUGA